GGAGGACCGGGGACUAGAGGACCGGGGAUAUUCACUGACAGCAGCAGUUACGUUCAGAUUAACAGAACUGGGUGAUUUUCGAUGAGUGGCUGGACAAUAUUUAAUAAGAAACCGCGUAGUCGGCUACGGUUCAUGACCAUCCUUAGGUUUUCCUCUGAGCUCUCUAGUCGCGCACACGAAUACUGGAUAUAAUUGUGGAACCACUACGGUGGUGACCAUCCCUUUAAGAGCGGCUCCUGUAAUAAAGGUGGUUGACCAUCCCUUUAAGAGCUGUGUGUGCAGUGUGGAUAUAGUGUGAACCUGCCCGGAGAGCUGGAUUGUGGAGCAGCGAGUGUGUCUCUGCCUGGCUCACUCCUCUCACACACACCUUGCCGCAAGCCUGGACAGAGGGACACAGAGACAGCAGCUACCCACUGAGCCUCUCUCCUCCCUGGGCUGUGAGGCCGGACCUCAACCCCCUCCCCCUAGCUGAGGACCAGGAGACCCACCUCUAGAGACCCACAGCAGACCUCAGAGCAAUGUGACCGCUGACUGAACCAAGCCAGGACCAAACAGGCUGUUAUGGAUCUGAGAAGAAGAAGGAACAGAAGAAACAGCACGCUGUGAAACCCUGCUGGUCCAGUCACAAUGGUCCCAGUUCUGUUUUUGGUGGCAAUCACGUUAUCAACCAAUGACACUUCCAAUGAAGACCAGACAGGAGAAGACACAAAGUCCCAGAGUUCCCACAUCCUGCCUACCGUGCUGGUCUUCUCCGUGCUGCUUGUCAUCAGCAUUCUGCUGGCCUGGUACUUCCUCAGGAUAAGGAACCAGAGAAAGGAGGUCGUCACAGCAGUCGACAAGAAAAUACCGAAUGGAAUCCUGGAAGAACAAGGGGACACCGUUGACAUCAUAGACAUCUCGGAGGCGUUAAACACCCCCUCAUCAUCAGAGCAACAGACAGUGGUGCUGCUUCCCAGAUCCCCCUCUGCCUCUAAAACCUACUUCCCCAUCCCAGUCGACUGCCUGGAGGAGGAGACCAGGAUACGAUCAGCUGACGAUGGCAAACUGUUCAGAGAGGAGUUCAAUUCGUUGCCAUCUGGAUAUACCCAGGGGACAUGCCAGGAGGCCAACAAAGAAGACAACAGAGAAAAGAACAGAUAUCCCAACAUCCUUCCAUAUGACCACUCCAGGGUGGUGUUAACACAGCUAGAAGGAAACCUCUGUUCAGACUACAUCAACGCUUCCUAUAUCCAUGGCUACACGGACAAUAACAAAUUUAUCGCAGCACAAGGUCCUAAACAAGACACGGUAGCAGACUUCUGGAGGAUGAUAUGGGAACAGAAGACGGCAACUGUUGUCAUGCUGACCAACCUGAAAGAGAGGAAAGAGGACAAGUGUUACCAGUACUGGCCAGACCAGGGCUGUUGGACCUAUGGUAAUGUCCGGGUGGCUGUGGAAGACUGCACUGUGCUGGUGGACUACACCAUACGGAAGUUCUGCAUACAAUAUCAGGCCAGCGACGGCACCAAGCCCUCCAGGCUGGUCACCCAGCUCCACUUCACCAGCUGGCCUGAUUUUGGGGUGCCCUUUUCCCCCAUCGGCAUGCUCAAGUUCCUCAAAAAAGUCAAGACGGUCAACUCCUCCUUCGCUGGGCCCAUCGUGGUUCACUGCAGCGCUGGUGUGGGAAGGACAGGGACCUUCAUUGUGAUUGACGGCGUGAUUGACAUGAUGCACCAAGAGCAGAAGAUUGACGUCUUUGGUUUUGUGUCCAAGAUAAGAGACCAGCGCUCGCAGCUUGUACAGACAGACAUUCAGUACUCAUUCAUCUACCAGGCCCUGUUGGAAUACUACCUCUACGGAGACACAGAACUGGACGUGUCAUCUCUGGAAGGACACCUGCACAAACUCCACAACACCCACGCCCCCUUCGACAGGGUCGGCCUGGAGGAAGAGUUCAAAAAACUGACCAACAUGCGGAUAAUGAAGGAGAACAUGAGGAUGGGAAAUCUCCCUGCCAACAUGAAGAAGAACAGAGUGCUUCAGAUUAUUCCAUAUGACUUCAACAGAGUGAUUAUGUCCAUGAGAAGGGGCCAAGAGUUUACUGACUACAUCAAUGCGUCAUUUAUAGAUGGCUACAGGCAGAAGGACUACUUCAUAGCGACCCAGGGUCCUUUAUCUCACACGGUAGAGGACUACUGGAGGAUGGCGUGGGAGUGGAAGUGUCACUCCAUCGUCAUGCUGACUGAACUACAGGAGAGGGAGCAGGACAAGUGUUUCCAGUACUGGUCCACAGAGGACUCAGUGACCUAUGGAGACUACACUGUAGAGAUGAAGGGAUCCACUGUGUGUGACAGCUUCAGUGUACGGGAUCUGGUACUCACCUACGGCCCAGAUAAGCAGACACGUCUGGUCCGCCACUUCCAUUUUCACGGCUGGCCAGAGAUCGGGAUCCCAGCCGAAGGGAAAGGAAUGAUCGACAUCAUCGCCUCGGUGCAGAGACAGCAACAGCAGUCAGGAAACCAUCCCAUCAUCGUACACUGCAGUGCUGGUGCAGGGCGAACAGGUACGUUCAUUGCACUGAGCAAUAUCCUGGAGCGGGUCAAGGCUGAGGGCCUACUGGACGUCUUCCAGACUGUGAAGAGUUUACGGAUGCAGAGGCCACAUAUGGUCCAGACCGUGGAACAAUACGACUUCUGCUACCGCGUGGUACAAGACUUUGUGGACAUUUUCUCAGACUAUGCCAAUUUUAAAUGAUGAAAUAUUUGCCUUACAAACAUUUUUUUUUUUGUUCAAAUGUUUUUUUUUUUUUUUUUAAUACCAGUUGGUCAGGCUUUGUGUUUUAGAAGGAUUAAAUGUUUUUCUAUUUUGCUAUGCACUUGUCCUUACUGUAACUAAAAACUCCAUCCCUCGCUGUAAUAUACUGUACGUCAACGGACAAAGAUUUGUAAAUGCCAAAAUGUAAGAUUAAUAAUGUAUAUUUCACAUCAUGUAUAAUAAUUAUUUUGUAAUGAAAUUCAAGUGGUUUUUUUUUGUGUGUUUUUUAUUUUUUAAACCUUGAGUCUCUUUAUUCACAUGUUUUAGUUGUUGUAUGAUACUGUACUUUUGUUAAACAUCUUGUUUAUUCAGACUGAGUGUUUAUUUUGACCGUCCUUGUUUCCUUUUGAAAAGAGGCGCCAUUGUAAAUUGUUUACGUAUCGAUAGCAGACCUUCCAUUUAAUUGCAUUCUAACAACGUUAUGUGAAUAUUAAUUAGUAAGAUAUUCUGACAUGCCUUCUAUCUGUGACUAGAGGUGAUAUCUCAUCUAUCUUUUAUUGAAUUGGAAAUAACCUUUUUAUUUAAAACAAAAUAUAUAUAUAUAUUAAGGUCUUUACAAUGCAAGUUUUUUCAGGCACAAUAUCAAGAACACAGAAAGAAAAAAAUAUGCAAAGUAUUGAAUAUCAAGUUACGCCAUUAUUAUUAUUAUUAUUAUUAUUAUUGUCAAGGAUAAUAGUUUAAAACAACAUAUUAAGGAAUUGUAAGAAUUAGUUUCCUGAUGGAAGUAGUAGCCUACUUCAGAACAGAAAAUCAACGUGCAACUACACAUAUAAUAACAAGGUACCAGUAGUAGUACUAAUCAGUAGUGCUAAUCAGUAGUACUAAUCAAAUCCGUAGUACUAAUACAAACAUACUGCAGUUUUUUUUUUAUCCACGGCACAUACUCUGAAGCACAUGUACAUCACCCAGCAUACCACCAAGGAAUAGCACAGAUACAUUCUGACAAAUAUGUUAAAACUGAAAAGUUACAGUCAUCAUCAUGUAUAUUCAUGUGUAUUGCUUUAAUAGCAGUUUGGAUACAUUCGUUUUUUGUUAAAUGUAUGCAUUCUUGAACUGUCCAUAUGGUUUAGACGUGACGCGUAUUAUUUGACCUAGGAAGGUGUCUGCUGUUGCAGUUGCCAAUAAUGACUAUAAGAAUAAAAAUAAAAAACAAGUCGUUCUGAUCUGACGCAACACUCAGUGUGACCUGUAAAAUUAAAAGAUCUUUAACUUAAAGGGCAUCGAAAUGAACUCGACACAAUAUAUAUGCAUUUUUUUUUUUUAAAAGCACAAAAGAUGGGCGUAUUUCAUUUACAAUAACGAUCCUCCAUCUGUUCAUAAUAUAUCCAUGUAAAUGCCAUACUUUAGUAUUUAGACCUCAGUGCCGUUAUAGUAUACCGGCUACCACCAAUCUCAUGAAACACACAAAUCCUCAUUACGGCCUUACACCAUUUGCAUUGUUGUGAAAGAUUAGGUCAGGGGUCAACCAAAACCAUUACCUCAUGAACUCCAGCAGUGCUUCAAUGCCAGUUUUAUAAGGGCGCCCUUGUAUAGGAAUCUGAAAUAAGUCCAGCUGAAUGCCCAAGGGCCCAGAAGCCCCACAUUUACACACCCCUCUAUUUCUAUAUGACAUGUUGAUUACAACGGGAGGAUGAACUUUAACCCCGUCAGAUACACACUGAACAAGGAUGUUUAAUAGUUGGGAACAUGGAAUUGUUGGAUGCUUUGUCAGAUGUGAGUUGUUGUUCCGGAGGGAUGGUCUAACUUAACCUCAUAUCUCUCUCUCUCUCUCUCUCCCUCUCUCUCCCUUUACUCUCUCUCUCUCUCUCUCUCUCCCUUUACUCUCUCUCUCCCUUUACUCUCUCUCUCUCUCUCUCCCUUUACUCUCUCUCUCUCUCUCUCUCUCUCUCUCUCUCUCUCACUCUCUCGGGCUAUUUUUGAUCUGUUCUUUGAUGAAGAUGAAAGAGGGUGUUUUCAGGUCACGCCUCUUCAUCUUUAGUUUUCUGCUUUUCAUUGUCGCCCUCUCUUGGAUUCUCAAUGUCUUUUAAAUGCCAGGUUGCAACAUUAAAUUCAUUGAAAAACCUA